AUGCCAGCGCAACGGCAGAGAAAGGUGGCCAUUGUUGGCAGUCGGUCCGUCGGCAAGUCGUCGCUCGCCGUCCAGUUUGUCGACGGCCACUUUGUCGAAAGCUACUACCCGACGAUUGAAAACACAUUCAGCAAGACGAUUCGGCACAACGGCCAGGACUACCUGACGGAAAUCGUCGACACCGCCGGCCAAGACGAGUACAGCAUUCUGAAUUCGAAGCACUUCAUCGGCAUACACGGCUACAUGCUCGUGUACUCGGUCUCGUCCUUGCCAUCCUUUGAGAUUGUCCAGGUCAUCCGCGAGAAGAUUCUAAAUCACCUGGGGACCGAGUCGGUGCCCAUCGUCAUCGUCGGCAACAAGAGCGACCUGCGACCCGACCAGCGGCAAGUCAGCGCCGAGGAAGGCAAGAAGGUCGCCGAGAAAUUCCACUGCGGCUGGACCGAGGCGAGCGCGCGGUACAACGAGAACGUCGCCCGGGCCUUUGAGCUGCUCAUCGCCCAGAUCGAGAAGUCGCAGAACCCCGGCGAGGCACCGAAGCAGAGCAAUUGCCUUCUCAUGUAG